CUGGUCCCGUCCCUCCCCGCCAUCGACGCCUGAUGCUGCUUACGCUUUCCGCCCGGCCUGCCGCCCGCCAUGCUGUCCCCGGGGGCGUUCCGCCAGCCCCUCGCAGCCGCCGCCGCCCGCCUGGCCCGGGCCCGGCCCUGCUCUCAGGUACUUGCAUCGUUUGCUACAGGGCCCAGACAAAAUAAUAGCAUUUUCUAUGAAAUUCGCACAUAUGAUAUUAAGCCAUCAAAGAUGAAGGAAUUUGUGGAAAUGGUCAACAAGUACUUUCACCUUCGCACAGCUCACUCGGAGCUGGUGGGAUUCUGGUCAGCAGAGCUAGGAGCAAUGAAUAAGGUUGUCCAUGUGUGGAAGUACGAUAAUUUUGCUCACAGAACAUCAGUUCGGCAUGCACUAGCCAAUGACAAAGACUGGCAGGAGAAAUUCCUUUCCAAAGCUCUCCCCUUGAUAGAAGUGCAGCACAAUGAAGUUGCUUAUCUGGUACCCUGGUGUCAACUUGGGAAGCCUCCAAAAGAAGGGGGAGUGUAUGAAUGGGUGACUUUCCAAAUGAAGCCUGGUGGGCCAGCAUUGUGGGGUGAAGCAUUUCAAGCAGCAAUAAAUGCUCACAUCAACACAGGCUACACCAGGUUGAUUGGUGUUUUCCACACUGAGUAUGGGUUACUCAACACAGUUCAUGUCAUCUGGUGGAAUGAGAGCCCAGAUCACCGGGCAGCGGGAAGGCACAGUGCCCAUGAAGAUGCAAGAGUGGUAGCAGCUGUGCGGGACAGUGUCAGAUUCUUGGAGUCCCAGCAAAAUAUGCUCCUAAUUCCGCUGCAGUGCUCACCAUUGAAAUAACCUGCUUCUAAAGGAUGUGUCUGACUGCAGAAAGGACAAGAUGGAAAUGCUGCCAGGAAGUACCUUCACAGGGAAUGUCAUACCCUCUUGAGCUCAGCCAACUGAUCUUCAGCUUACAAUAACUGAAUGUAAAAUUAUCACUAAUGAAAGUCAGUAAAUUUUUGCAUUCUAAUAGCAAAUGCUAAACAGAAGUUUAUGGUGAUGUUCCUACACCUUCUGGAUAAAGAACCCAACCCAUAUCAUGUAUGGCAUGAACGGAACUUCAGUUAUCUUUUGUUUUAACCUAUGAGUUCUUAAUACUUCCCUACACAGCUAGAUCACUUAUCAUACCUAGUAAGUUAAGUGCUCUCAUUACAGCUAAGGGCUGGUUUAAUUUUCAUUACAUGCUUUGGUAACUCCUGCAAUGAUCACAUCUUGGAUAGUGUGUGCUGGUUUAAAAAGGAGAGCUCCCAUGUAUCUGUUACCCAGUUAUGUUUUCAUCAGACUUCUCAUUGGGAUAUUUUUUAUUGUCUAAUGUAAAACAUGAGCAUGGUUGGAAUUGCUCCUAGGAGGUGCUGCAGUGAAGCUGGUCAGGUGGUAGGUGACCAUGAACACAAGAAGAGCAUUUACUCACUAUCUUGUUUAGAGUUAUCACCCCUUUCCUUUUUUGUUCAGUAAAUAUUUCAUUAAAACUGUGGAUUAUAUACAUAAUGCUGUGCCUUAGGUAUUUUAAUACUGGUUUAGGGUGCUGGUAUUGGACUGGUCCUUCUUGUUCGACUGUGCAGACCAACUCAUCUGCUCUUACAACAUGUGCUAACAGUCUUUGAAAUACUUCUGACAGACUCUUAAAAGCCAAAUAAAUGCGGAUAAAGCAUUAUUUUUUACUGUUCGCAGCUCAAGCUCUUACUCUUUUUAAACUGUGGAACAAUAAACUACAUUCUCCAAGUACAGCAUUCAGAAGGUCUUGCAUU